AUGGAGGCUUUCUCAAGACAAUUGCUUAUGGCUGAACGUAACAAGAAGAUUGAAGGUAUCAAAAUUGCACCUGGAGAUCCUUCUAUCUCCCAUUUACUAUUUGCAGAAUAUUGUUUACUAUUUGCAAAUGAUGACCUCUUCAAUGUCAACAAUUUGUUGGAAGUUAUUAAGGAGUUUGGAGAUGCAUCUGGGAAAAUGGUGAACUUCACCAAAUCUAGUGUAUUCUUUAGUGUUAAUGUUCCACCAAGAUUCUUUAAAAUCUUGUCUAGAAGAUUAAAAGUUCCUCACAUGAAUCCAGAAGAAAAAUAUUUGGGAAUGCCACUUCUGGUAGGGAAGAGCAAAAAGAAAUGUUUCACUCAUCUACUGGACAAAGUUAAAGGCAUACUGUCAACUUACAUGAGUUCAACUAUGGCACAGUGUAGUAAAUCUUUAAUGAUUAACACUAUUACAAACACCAUUCCAUCUUAUACUAUUAUUCCAAAGGAUACCAUUAAAGAAAUUACGGCUUCACAAAGGGAUUUCUGGUGGGGUUUUGAUGAGAAGAAAGGUACCUAUGUCACAUCCUGGAAGGAUCUAAACUUGCACAAGGACAUUGGUGGGCAAGGAUUUAGAGACCUAAAAAAUUUAAAUAAUGCAUUGUUAAUAAGAGCUACUUGGAGGAUAUGCACCAAUUCUGAUGCUGAAUGGGUGAAAUGCUCGUCUGCCAAAAUACUUCACAUAUACAAGUUUGCUUCAUGCCACAGUAAAGAAGGAUUGUUCAUGGGCAUCGAAGGGUAUUCAGAAAAAUAUGGAUUUUAUAAAAAAACAUAG